AUGGAAGAUCCAAUACUAUGCGCCAAUGGAUGUGGCUUCUUUGGGACAACUGCCACUCGAAACCUAUGUUCCAAGUGCUAUAGAGAUUUUCUCAAGGAAGAAGAAGAGUCUACGAAAACAAAAGUCAUGUCCAUGAAGAAAGCUAUGGGGCCAAGGGUAGAGUCAACCUCAUCUUUAGAUGAUGUUGCCACCUCCAUGGCUCAACUAUCUUUAUCUUUGGACAAUACUAAGAAGACUAGUAAUGGUGAUCCUUCCACAAAGAUGAAGUCGGAGCAAUGCGAGAUGUGUAAGAAGAAGAUGGGAAUCAUAGGAUUCAAGUGCAGGUGUGGGAGUAUGUUCUGUGGGAAGCAUCGUUUGCCCGAAAAGCAUGAAUGCAACUUUGACUACAAGGCUAUGGGGCGUGAGAUUUUGAGGAAGCAAAACCCAUCAUUGAAGCCUGAGAAGUUACCAGGAAGGUUAUGA